AUGGGGGAAGCAUUGCAUUAUGAGUGGCCCCCUAGCUCGACAAAUAGUUGGGACUCAGGUUUACUCCCUCAGGAUACUCAGCGGAUUCCAGGGUAUCGUUUGCCAGUGGUAGGGGUGUACUGGCAAUAUUCCACAGCACUAGUGCUGCUAGUUUACGCCGCCGUCGUGCUGUUUGUGGCUCUCUGGGCUCGACGUCAAUUACAGCACUUGUCGGAACAUGGUUGCAGGACUGGAGAUUCAGGCUUGGGUGGUGAUAUCUCAUCCCGCUCGCAAGUAGGUGUAGGAAAUCGGCCAGUGCCGAGACCACAAGCGCCGAGCCGCACGAUGCUCAGGCAGCUGCUAGAGAAGCAGCUGAGAAACAUGAACUGGAAAGGCAAGGGAGUGCGAGACGGAUGGGGCCGGUGGCUGGCCUCUUGGAAAUUGCCGGCAAGAAAAUAA